AUGGGUGAAGGCGGAACACUUGCGCUCGUCAACGGCACACCAUACAAAUGGAUCCGAAAAAAUCAGAGCAGCUAUCAGAUGAACUCUUGGAACCUCCCUGAAUGGCUCGACCCAGGCACUGUGUCAAGCAAUUACGUUAAGUUCAAUCAAGGCCUGUUCGUAGAGCGCUCAGACACCAGAGGUAUUACUGCAUAUACUUUAGAAGGAACAGACUGCUCGUUUCGCAUCCAUGUCUCCGAUGCUCCAUCGCGAAUCUGGGUGGAGCUUGUAUCGUUUGAAGCAGUUAACAACCCAAGGGGUUCAUCGAUACAGUUAGGGUGGCGACAUGAUGGCAUUGUAAGCUUCAUACUUUCGGGAAAGAAAGGCAGCUUCCACACGACAAAUCCUCCUGUCGGCUGGAUGCACCAAAAUCUUGCCACUUUAGGACCUCGACCGCUGUCACAAAUUUGCAUGCUUGGCAGCCAUGACUCGGGCAUGUCUUUUGUAUCCCACAGUGACAUACCAAGCGGGCUGAUCGACGACUACGUGCUUUGCCAGGCCACUCCGGUUCACGGACAGCUUGCAUACGGCGCUCGUUACUUCGAUAUUCGUCCUCAAAUCUCUGGCGGUGGUUUCUGGACGGGUCACUACACGGGCAAGAUUGGAGCCCGCGGGGAGUCACUGGCCAGCAUCAUCUCUGGUGUUAAUUCGUUCCUGUCGCAAUACCCAGAGCUGGUAAUUCUUAAUUUCUCACACACCCUCCAGACCGAUGUCGGAGGUAAUUGGAGGACAUUCAAUGAUGAUGAGUGGCGCAGACUUCUGGGCGAGUUGCUGAAGCUUGAGAACCGAUAUGUGGUACAAGACGAGAAGAAGGCGCAAGACCUAAGCCUUAUUCCACUUAAGGAUUUUAUCGGCAACAGGCGUGGAGCGGUCGUCUGCGUCGUGGAAAAUGAAGGUCUUGAUAUGAGAGACUUUAAGAACAAGGGGUUCUAUAAGCCUUCACAGCUCAACGUUUACAACCAAUACUCUAACACGGACGACGCAGUAGUCAUGGUCAACGACCAGAUCAAGAAAAUGAAAGGACACAUGCCUACUAAAGACAAACAGCUCUUUCUGUUAUCCUGGACGUUGACACAGCAAGCCCCAUCCUGGAACGGUAACCUUGUGGACUUUGUUACCAAGGUGGUCGCAUUCCUGAAACCAAUUAGAGUAUUGGCAUAUACCUGCAACAAGGAAUUGGUGACGCGUCUACUGCCUGUGGUUAACAAUACUUCGUUUCCUAACGUUGUUUAUAUCGAUUAUGUUGAUAACCUAGACUAUGCCGCUCUUGUGGUGGCAGUCAACGAUAAGGUAUUUAACAAUUGA